AUGACAUCAGAACUUCCCACCGAACCAAAAGCCGUCAAUGAGCAUGAUACGUUGAAGUAUUCCCUCUUAGGCCCGUCACUUACAAAGUCGGGCCAGGAGAGUGUAGAUCAGCAGAAGGUUUCAGAAAUCAUAUAUAACGCAUCGAAAGGCUCCAAAUUUUUCAACAAUGAGGAAGUCAGGGACAAGAAUCUAACGCAAAAAAUCGAACGCAUCCUAGCGAGGAAGGAGGAGCUUGAGAAAUUAGACUUAGCCGGCGAUCUAAGGAAGGCAGAUGAUUAUAUUACCGAGCUUGAAGCCUCCAGAGAUUUGUCGCAAGUCCUGAUACACAUCGAUUGCGACGCCUUCUAUGCCGCUGUGGAGGAACUGGAUCGCCCCGAACUAAAGGAAGUUCCAUUUGCUGUUGGGAAGGGGGUUCUCACAACCUGCAACUAUCAUGCUAGGAAGUUCGGGUGCAGGAGCGGCAUGGCGAGCUUCGUGGCCAAGAAAUUGUGUCCCCAGCUCAUCCUACUUCCCUUGAACUUUGACAAAUAUACAGCAAAAGCGCAAGAAGUUAGGGAGGUCAUAGUCGACUACGAUCCACGAUUUGAGAGUGCAAGCAUAGACGAGGCUUAUCUCAAUAUCACAGAAUAUUGUCAAAAGAAUGGCACUUCUCCCGAUGAUGCCGUUCAGAAGCUGCGGCGCGAGGUCCAUGAAAAGUCUAAUAUUACAGUUUCUGCGGGCAUUGCAGCAAAUGCUAAAUUGGCCAAGAUAUGCUCUAAUAAGAAUAAGCCAAAUGGACAAUUCCUCCUUCCGAGUGAUAGGGAUGCGAUUAUGGCGUUCAUGCAUGAUCUUCCAACCCGGAAGGUCAACGGCAUUGGUCGAGUUUUCGAGAGAGAGCUUGAUGCAAUUGGUGUCAAAACAUGUGGCGAUAUUUAUACAUAUCGGCAAUAUCUUACCAAGUUGUUCGGCGAGAAAGCAUUUGUAUUCUUAGUGCAAUGCCAUCUCGGUUUGGGGAGAACAACUGUCCAGCCGGCUGAGCAGUAUGAGCGGAAAAGCGUAGGGACCGAAAGUACAUUUGGUGAGAUGGGGAAUCCCAGAGAACUUCGAGAAAAACUCCGGGCAACGGCGGAAGCACUAGAAAAAGACAUGGUCCGGACGCAGUUCAAAGGCCGAACACUCUGCUUAAAGGUCAAGCUGCACACUUUUGAGGUUCUCACUAGACAAGUCAUCCCUCCCAAAUCGGUAUACAUGGCGGAAGAUCUUUACAAGUAUUCCGUUCCGAUGCUCUCCAAGCUCGAGCAGGAAUUUCCUGGGAUGAAACUACGACUUAUGGGUCUAAGAUGUACCCAUCUAGUCAGUAUGAAAAGACCUGACACAAUGGCCUUCUUCGGGUUCAGGAAACGACGCAACGAUUCGCCAACAGAUAUAGGAGAGUCUUCUACCUCGCCCCACUCUAAACGUAAAGCCGAUGCUCUUGACGACGAAAAUACUAGCUCCCAGUGGGAGGAAUGGCCCGAUGAGCUCCUCUUCGAAGCCGCCGAGCGUCAAGAGCGCGAAGAUGAAUUGCAAGAACUAGAAAGCCUAAGUCAAGAAAUCGACAAGAGAAGACAUCACGGCAAGGAAAUCGUACCUAAUCCGAGGAGAGAAGCCUCUGUCGAGGAGGAGUGGUGGGAUUGUCCUAUCUGCAUGAGGCGCCAAGCAGCCAGUGAGAGGGAAUUCAACGAGCAUAUUGACCUUUGCCUUUCGAGGCAGACGAUCAGGGAUGUUGUGCAGGAGACUGCCAAUGCGAGAGUGUCAGAACAUACCUCGAUUAACAAUAAGAGGAUCAAAUCUGGUAGCGAGAAAGGAAGAGCGAGAUCUGGGGUACCGGGUGACCCUAAGCAGCGGCGGCUAUGUUUUGGAUGA